AUGGGCUGCGGAGCCGGCGGGAGCUGCGCGCCGCGCCCGCCCAUCCGCCAGCAGCCGGCGCCAGAAACCCGCGUGGUCGCUGCGGUCUUCCUCGGCCUCGUGCUGGACCUCCUGGCCUUCACCCUGCUGCUGCCCCUGCUGCCUGGGCUGCUGGAGCGCCAUGGCCGUGCCCACGACCCCCUCUACGGCUCCUGGCAGCGCGGGGUGGACUGGUUUGCAGCAGCCAUAGGAAUGCCAGCAGAGAAGAGGUACAACAGCGUCCUGUUCGGAGGUCUGAUCGGCUCCGUGUUCUCACUCCUGCAGUUCCUCUCGGCACCGCUCACCGGGGCCGUGUCUGACUGCCUGGGGAGGCGCCCGGGGAUGCUGCUGUCCCUGGCAGGUGUGGCCACCUCGUACGCAGUGUGGGCUGCCUCGAAGAGCUUUGCGGCCUUCCUGGCCUCCAGAGUGAUAGGCGGCAUCAGCAAGGGGAACGUUAGCCUCUGCACCGCCAUUGUUGCUGACCUGGGCUCACCAUCUGCCCGCAGCAAGGGCAUGGCAGUCAUCGGGGUGGCUUUUUCUUUGGGCUUCACCCUGGGCCCCACACUGGGCGCCUUCUUGCCCUCGGAGACGGUGCCCUGGCUGGCCCUGCUCUUCGCCGUCUCGGACCUGCUGUUCAUCUGGUGCUUCUUGCCAGAGACGCUGCCCCCGGAGAAGCGGGCGCCCUCCGUCUCCCUGGGGUUCCGGGCGGCCGCGGACUUGCUCAGCCCCCUGGCCCUGCUCCGCUUCUCCGCCGUAGCCCGCGGCCCGGACCCGCCCACUGGAGCCCGGCUUGGCAGCCUGCGAGGUCUGGGUCUGGCCUACUGCCUCUACCUCUUCCUGUUCUCGGGCCUGGAGUUCACGCUCAGCUUCCUGGUGCACCAGCGCUUCCAGUUCAGCAGGGUAGAACAGGGGAAGAUGUAUUUCUUCAUCGGUCUCACCAUGGCCACCAUCCAGGGCGCCUACGCCCGGCGGAUCCGCCCUGGCAGGGAGAUGGCGGCUGUGAAGCGGGCCAUCCUGCUGCUCGUCCCUGCCUCGCUCCUUGUCGGCUGGGGACACACGCUGCCCCUGCUGGGCCUGGGGCUGCUGCUCUACGCCUGGGCCGCAGCCGUCGUGGUCCCCUGCCUGUCCUCCGUGGUCGCCGGCUAUGGCUCGCCCCGGCAGAAGGGCACGGUCAUGGGCACGCUGCGGAGUCUGGGCGCCCUGGCCAGGGCCGUGGGCCCCGUGGUGGCCGCCUCAGCGUACUGGCUGGCCGGUGCCCGCGUCUGCUACACCGUGUGCGCCGCGCUCUUCCUGCUCCCAUUCUCCGUCCUGUGGACCCUGAGCCCCCCGGCACGGACACUCAAGGCCGAGUAG